AUGUCUACAAAACAGCCUGGUGCAUCCACUAUGAUUGGUGGACAACGUGUCGCCCAAAGGAAGAAGACUCACUCAGAAUCUACAGGGACCAAGUCCAACCUUCCACGUAACUCAGGGUUUCAAAAGUACUAUGGAUUAACCACAACCGGUCUGGAAAUGGGACAGCAGUCUGUUCUUCUUUUAGCCCUUAUAUACAUGGGUCUCGUGGUACUUUUUCAUAUCGUAUCAAGGCUAAAUUUCGGAGGGAAAUCUUAG